CCAAAGCUGGACCCCUACUCUUUACUCAGAAUCGUAUAAAAAUUCUAUUACUAAAUGCAUUUCUUUUUCACAAAAGAUAUACCGCUAGCUAAUGCUGCUGGUAUAUCCGCCGUGCCUCUGAUGAUUCUCACCGGUUUAGCACUUGCCGGUACGGCCGUGGUGUUAAUGGUUAUGACGCCGGUUUUUUUAGUUCUUAGCCCGAUUCUCGUAACGGCGGUUAUCACUUCGAGUUUCUUGGUGACGGGGUUCUUAGCUUCUGGUAGGCUUGGAGCAUCGGCGAUCGCCCUCUUCGUCUGGCUCUACAAAGAAUUAAUUAAGAAAGAAGAGUACUCUAGAUCUAUUAUGCAUGCGCGAGUUCGACCUAACGAGGAUAAUAUUGCGAAGCUCUCGAGAGGAGAUAAACCUCCGGAGGAAGAAAGGCUGCCGGAAAUAAAUAAGACGGCGGAUGAAAUUAAUUCGACUGGAAGAGACAAGGCCGAGGAAUACAAGCCGUCAGAGAUACACAAAUUGUCGCAGAGAGAUCAUAAUCCAGCGGAGGAAGAUAAAUCACUGGGAGUCAAGCAUGCGGAAGAAGGGCCAUUAAUCUCCGAGAUAUCAAAGAUUUUACUGGUGGAGCAAAAUUCAAUUGGCUCCAAGCGCAGCGGUCCAGAAGGAAAAAGUUCAAAGGACAAGAGUUUGAUGGUUCAUGAGGGCUACCGACGGAUCCAUAAGUAUCUCAUGGUCGUCAAGAAUGAUCAAUCUUUUUUUUUCUCAAGAACUGGAAACUCAAAGAUCAAAUGCUUAGUUUAUGUUAAAGAACUUCAAUGAGAUUUUAGAAAACCAUGAAUAAGCGACGCUUUGGUGACGAUAAUAAGCGACGCGUGUUUGUAUUUAAAAAUUAAAAAAAAAAACAGCAGAAAGCGAUGCUGCUUAAUUAGGGCUCCAAAUUUGCAAUAUUUUUUGUAUUGAAAAAUAAACAACCAUAAAAUUCGGAUGUUCAAGUUUGGAAAUAAUCUUCCCAAAUAAGCAAACAUGACUAUAUUUCUUCCAUUUUAAUUGGUCAAAAUUUCCAAAUAUUAAUUUUGACUUCAAAGCGUCUAGGCUGGAACAUACAUGAAUCUACAUUUAACCCCUACUCAACUAUAUCUUUCUUAAAGAUGAAUAUAUAUCAUAGUUAUAUUCGCUGGUAAAGAUAUAUGUUAGUGAAUAUCUAGUUCAUGUAAACUAUGUUAUUUUGCAACGAAUUUUUUUGGUCGUGAUUCGUUAUAAAAUAAAAUAGUCUUACAACAAACUGAGAUUAAAGGAAACCAAUAAUGUGAAAAUGUAUGUUAUCAUGUCAAAGUGACUUUCUCCGUAAAAAAAAAAAGGGAUAUUGAAUUAAACAUCCUCGGAUUUCACGUGUGCGUGCUAAAAGGACUUUGCCUUAAUUUUUCUAACAUGCAUUUUACAUAUAUAUAUAUAUAUAUAUUUAAAGAAGAGUUGUAAUUAAGUAAUUAGAUUAAAGUAAAAGUAAAUUUCAACUGCAUUAGACUAGUAGGACUGCGCACUUUACCUGAUACCCGAAGCUGCAUCCGAACCUGAUCAGAAAAACCCAAACCGAAUUAGUAAAAUACUCGAACGGGUAUUGAAUUAGAAGAUAUUGGAUAUCCAAACAGAUAAUAUCCGAAUCCGAAUAGAUAUCCGAAGAUAACCGAACAUAUGUAUACAUAAUUUUAUAUUUAUAGUUUACUUCUCUUAUUUUAUUCAAAAUAUUUAUAUUGAUGCUACAUAUAGUUUAAGAUCAGAUAAUAUACAUAUAAUUAUGGAUUGCUACUCAACUGAAAAACAUGUCAAGCUUCUUGUUUCGGACAUUAACAAAAAUUGUAUCCAAAUUUUUAAACACAAUAACCAAAUUAGUGUCUUUUUAGAUUUAAAUACAUAUUAAUCAUUUGAUCUAUUAAAAAUUUAAAAAAAUCAAUUAAGUUAAAUGUAUAUUUUUAAAUAUAAAAAUUUUAAAUAAUGAAUAAUUUGAUUUUGUUUUUCAAAAUUUAAAUAUCUGAACUCAAACUAAAAAUAACUGAACCAAAUACGAAAUAUAGAAUACCGAACAUGUUCUACAUCACUAUAUCAAAAUAUCCGAAAUCCGAAAUACCGAACAUCCACCUCUGCGGAUUAUGAUUGAUAAAUGAUAAUGAUAAAAAUCUGGGUAUCUUAGCUAGGAAUAUCUCAGCUAUAUACCCGGAAUUAAUAUCCCCUACGUACAUUCUUUAGCUGGAAAAUAAUCCAACGGUUAAAAUCUCCAGUAAAGCGUAACUUAAAACAUCUACACCGUUAGUUAUGAUCUUAGGCUGAUACUGCUGGAUUUUUUUCUUAUAAUAACUAGUAACUAUGGUCAAAACUUCCAAAUAAAAGAAGAUAAAUAAGGAAGCGCAUUAUCUCUUAAGGAAAAGAGAAAAUGGUAAAACACCUAAUACAUACUCAAAAACAGCUCAGCAUAUUCGGAUAAAUAUCGUAUAUAUAUAACACCUAUAACUAACUACACGCAGAGAUUAUAGAUAUAAAUACAAUUCGUGACAUCGUGAGAGAUUCUAGUUUGCGUGACGUCGUAGAGAGAUGGUGAAGGAGAUGGUGACGACGGGGAAGACAUGUUCACAUUGUGGCCACAAUGGUCAUAAAGCACCGACAUGUCUUAACGGAGUCAAUAAAGGAAGCGUUAAACUGUUCGGCGUUAACAUAUCGUCUGACCCGAUUAGGUCGCCUGAGGUGACGGCGUUAAGGAAGAGUGUCAGUUUGGGAAAUCUUGAUGCGCUUCUCGCUAACGAUAACAGUAAUGGUGAUCCAAUCGCCGCCGUCGAAGAUAACGGUUAUCAUUCCGAUGGUCAGAUUCAUUCUAAGACGGGGAGAUCCGCUCAUGAGAAGAAAAAGGGGAAGCCAUGGAGCGAAGAAGAACAUCGGAUCUUCUUGGUUGGAUUGAAGGAACUCGGAAAAGGAGAUUGGAGAGGAAUCGCAAAGAAAUUCGUGACGACAAGAACACCGACACAAGUCGCAAGUCAUGCUCAGAAAUAUUUUCUUAGGUUAAAUGCUAACGACAAGAGAAGAAGACGUGCUAGUCUCUUUGACAUGUCUCUCGAAGAUCAUCAGAAGAACAAAGAGAGGAACUCUCAAGUGAUGACGACAGAUGCAUCAUCAUCAUUAUCGAAGAUUCCACCUAGACAACCAAUAACCGGCUCUCAAGAACCGGUACAAGUUCAAACCCAAGCUGAGAUAUCAAACCGGUUUCAGAAUCUAUCAAUGGAUCACAUGCCAAUCUACCCAACCGUGCCACCUUACUACAACUUUCCAUCUGUUAUGAUCCAUCCAAUGUACUACUAUCCCAAUCCUGAACAUGUUAGGUAUGUUCACCCUUCCGGUAUACCUGUACCAAGGCCUUUGCCGAUUGGUAUGCCUCAACCUCAUGCAAAUGAUGCUUCACGUAUAGCAAAGAAAGAUGGUAUGGAACCUGAUAUCGGUCUGCGUCCACCUCCUCCUCCUCCACAAGCUACCGCAGAAACAGACUUGGCGGGUCAUGGCGUCAUUCAUGUGAAGUGAAAUGACAUUUUAUUUUUGAUAUCUAUUAUAGAUACAGAUGUGUUAAUUGUUUUCUUAGUUACUAGAGCCGGUGUCCGCGCUUCGCGCGGAUUACAUAUGUAAUUAAAGUAAUGUUUUAUUAAAAUUUGGAGUUUUAGUUUUUGAAAGUGUGAGUUAAGUUUUGUUUUUUUGGAUGUGAAGACGUAGAAACAAAAUAGUUUGACAGUAGAAAUAAGUAAUUGUCCAAAGGGAAUAGAAUCCAGUAGAUAACGAAAAAGAAUUAAAAUAAGAUAAGACGUAAACGAUGUAUGUGAGGUAUAUUAUGAAUGAUCUUGUAGAGCGGCCACUUUCUAUUGCGGGCGGACCUAUAGAUAAAAACAAUUUUGUUAGUACAUCUUAAUUAUUGAGUUUAAAGAGUUUCGGGUGGGCAGACUUACUGGUAGUUUGCAUCUUAUGGUAUAGAAAGUUGUUUAAGAUUCCGGGAAGUCUGCUCUGGGUGAUCAUCGGAUCGUGAUUCUGGAGGAGAGAGAGAAAAUAAUUUAGUAUUUUUGUAUAAUGUUGUGUAUUGGGUUGCAAAUAAUAUUGGAUUACCUGGUAGGUGCGAUAGACCGUUGUAUAUUUAUUUGUAGACAAUGUUUUUAACCCUUCCUAUCUUUUGAUCCUUUCCUUGUAUAAUUUUGAGGCCUGACUUGGUAGUAACUCAGGAAAGACCAACAUAGAACUGUCCAUGGGUGAAAACGGGCUGUGACAAAUACAGUACGGCACCUUUCAAACUUUGACCCUGACUUUUGUUAAUUGUCAUUGCGUAACAUAGCCUGAUUGGAAAUUGCCGCAGAUGGAGCUGUUCGGGAAUAAGUAGAAUAAGUAAAUGAAAUUAUUUUGUUGGAGCAAGUAGUCGAGACAUGUCUCUAUUAUAUUUGGGCUUUUAAUAAUUGAAAAAUAUAGAACAUUGCUGGAUUAAGUGAUUUAA